AAAGUCAUGCUAUUUUUGUUGCUGUAACCCCAGCAACUGUCCAUCUCUGACCUCAUGUGUUCAUUUGCAGAAUGCCAAAGAGGAACUAGCAUUUGCUUUACCACGUGGAUGUCAUUUUGGCCAUAACAGGGGUUCACAUGAAACCCUCCUCCCCAGGCAUGGGUGCUGGCAGAGGUGUGGUUGUUCUGAGGGAUGCCUGUGCUACUACUGUGCUCCCUGGCACAUCUGGGGCCAAUGGAGACAGUUGGGAGGCACAGACGUCAACUUGCAAGUGCUGCUGGCCAUUGAGAUGUGGCCUGUCAGCCUGGACCAGCCUGUGCUGCCCAGCAGAGGAGCCAUGAUCAUUCAGAUAUACGUUAGUUGAAGCAGUGAGGAAAAUGCCACAGGCUCUUUCAACGGUGCUUGCAGGUUUUCACCUCCAUUUUGGAAAAAAAAAAAAAAGAAACAAUAAGCAGCUAUUCUGAUCAUGUACAUCAAAAAUGUACAUCUGAUAACAGCAACUACAAGAUUUCAUGUCCUCUGUAUCUUACGUGACAAAUGCAAUGAUACAGCCAAAGAAAGAUGGGGAUGACCAGAAGAACCUUUUUAAUGGAGCUGGCAAGAAGCAAAGGUUUCAGAGUAGAAAGUGAACUAAGUGAUUCUGUCACUCACAUUGUGGCUGAGAACAACUCUUACCUAGAAGUGCUGGACUGGCUGAGAGGACAGGCUGUGGGUGACAGCUCCAGGUUUGAAUUACUGGAUAUUUCAUGGCUCACAGCCUGCAUGGAAGCGGGAAGACCAGUUGAUUCAGAAAUGAAAUAUCGCCUCAUGGAACAAGCAGAUCGGUAUCCUACUUUGAAUACACCUGAAUCAGAAGUGCCAUUGUUCACUGCAAGCAAAGUAUCUCAGUAUUCAUGUCAAAGGAAAACAACUUUAAAUAACUGCAACAAGAAAUUCACGGAUGCCUUUGAAAUAAUGGCUGAAAAUUAUGAAUUCAAAGAAAAUGAAGUAUUUUGUCUAGAAUUUCUGAGAGCAGCUUCUGUGCUGAAAUGUCUUCCAUUUCCAGUAACCAGAAUGAAAGAUAUACAAGGGUUGCCCUGCAUGGGAGAUCAAGUCAGAGAUGUUAUUGAGGAGAUUAUUGAAGAUGGAGAGAGUUCUAGAGCUAAAGAUGUGUUAAAUGAUGAACGAUACAAAUCAUUUAAGCAGUUUACUUCAGUCUUUGGAGUGGGAGUGAAGACAUCUGAAAAAUGGUUCAGAAUGGGUUUACGAACUCUGGAAGAGGUAAAAGCUGACAAGACCUUGAAGCUGUCAAAAAUGCAGAGAGCAGGGUUUCUCUACUAUGAGGACCUUGUUAGCUUUGUAUCUAAAGCAGAAGCAGAUGCAGUAAGCUUGAUUGUCAAGAAUACUGUGUGCACGUUUCUACCAGAUGCUUUAGUUACCAUAACUGGUGGUUUCAGAAGGGGUAAAAAGAUUGGACAUGAUAUUGAUUUUUUGAUCACCAACCCAGGACCAAGAGAAGAUGAUGAACUUCUGCAUAAAGUUGUUGACUUGUGGAAAAAGCAGGGCUUACUUCUGUAUUGUGAUAUCAUUGAAUCAACAUUUGUAAAGGAACAGAUACCAAGCAGAGAAGUUGAUGCCAUGGAUCAUUUUCAAAAAUGUUUUGCAAUAUUAAAAUUAUACACACCAAGCAUAGACAACAGCAGUUACAAUACAUCAAAAAAAUGUGAUAUGGCAGAAGUCAAAGACUGGAAGGCAAUCCGUGUGGAUCUGGUCAUAACCCCCUUUGAGCAAUAUGCAUAUGCUUUGUUAGGCUGGACAGGCUCCAGGCAAUUUGGACGUGAUUUGCGAAGAUAUGCUACUCAUGAAAGGAAGAUGAUGUUGGAUAACCAUGCCUUAUACGACAAAAGAAAGCUUUUCAUGCUCCAUCAAGUAGUUGUGGGCACUGUUCCAGAGUCUAAAUAUUCAUAUGCUGAGAAUUCCAUGCUUGAAGAAUACUUUAGAAAAUAGGAAACUGUUUUUACACUAGAGAGGAUCUUUCUCAAAGCUGGAAGUGAGGAAGAAAUCUUUGCACAUCUUGGCUUGGAUUAUCUCGAACCAUGGGAAAGGAAUGCUUAAAGUGAUUUGCCAGUGUGCAUUCAUCAGUUGACAGUGAUGGUCUUUCUGCCUAUCUUGCAGUCUGAUUUAGAUAUAUAUAUAUUACAUGUCUCUAAGAGAAAACUUUUAAAAAUAUUAGUUAGAAGUCCUUAUGUAUGCUUACGUUCCUAGAAAAGAUUAAGUUCUUCAGAGUCCUUUCCAGUCUUUCCAGUUUUAGUCUUUGAUUUUUCUUCAUAGGAUGACAAAGAGGAGGUAGAGCUUGUGGAUUUAUUUUUUUUUUUUCAAAUGAAAACUUCUAACUGGUGAGAUUUUUGCUUGUAACAGAAACUUCAAUAAUAAUAAUGCUUUUUAAAAUAUUGCCAGCUAUGACAAUACCUAAAUAAUACAAAACAUUUCAGCUGAGUCCAAAAAUCACUGAAGUACACACUUAGCUUUAGCUGAAUUUCUUAAGUAUUUUGUUGCAUUCAUAUACAGUUUUUCUACAGUAUAUAAAGGCCAAAGACCUAGGUGGAAAUUAGUCUGGCAGUCUGAGGCUUCAGCUAUAAUAUUUAUCUAGUUGCAUCACCACUCUAUAAAAACUAUAAUCAAGCUGGGAAUUCAGCUUAGACAACAUUACACAGGAAGAGAUUUUGGAAAGGAAAAGUGGAAUAACUCAGUAGCAAUCUUCAAUGGUGAGGAAAAAUACUAUAAAUUUGGAGUACUAAUUUGGACUUCAGAAGAUCCAGGACGUGAUGUGAUGAUCAGGAAUUUGAAUCGCAACCUAUAUGACACCAAUUGCUUUAAUUGUUAGACUAGUGGCUGCUCUGGCGUGAAAGCUUGUAUUUAUCUGUACUCGUUUUUUAUAACUUGAAAUUUAGUUUUUGUCAGUAGCUAUAUAUGCACUGGAAUGAGAAGUUUACCUGAGCUCUUGGCUGCUCUAGACUAUUAUUCCAUCAUUUUGGUCAGAAAUUCAUUUUAUACGUGAGACACUUUCUAAUGAAAGUGAUCCUUUGAGAUGUUUUGUUUUCAGUAAAUUCUCAGUGGCUCUUGUGAUUGUUAUGGAUUUGGAAUACAUUUAUCCUUUAAUGAACAAGGGUAUUUAGUAGUUUAAUAUGUGAAGUUACUUACUGACAAUUCCUUUGUCAAAUUUAGAAUAAAGGUGAUUGAGAGCACCAUGACUGGUCAAAAUUUUUUUCUUAAUUAAUACUGAACUUUUUUCCACCUGCUAAGGCUGAUUUCACAUCUUGGCAUGACAAAACCAUUCACAACCAGUCUUACUGACAGUAAUGGUGUCCCCUAUUCAAACAAUGACAAUGUCCCAUGGCAGCAUAGAUGUCAAGGUUCUACACGUGCAUAAAAUAUACCAAGACUUAGUAUUAUAGUGCUUAAUUACAAGAUGAAUGACUUAAAGUGCAAGUGCCAAAGCUAUUGCUGGUAAUUAAAAAACAUCUUCUGAGAAGCUGCCUCCUCAAGAGAUGUUUUGUUAGUAUAGUAGACAGUAUUAACAAAAGUUCCUAUGUGCAGUUUUAUAUGCAACAUAUUUCUGGUUGUUAAAAUAGGUAGUAGCUGUGUUUUUCUGUGAAAUGUAUUCAUUUUCAUGGCUGGAAUUACAACUAUAAAAACACUUUGAAUAUAUCAGUGCUUAUUCAGUUCUAUAUAUUUGAUGCCCAGUUCUUUUAGGGUACAGUUUAUUCAUCACACUCUCCAUCUCUACUACUGUAUUCAUGAACAAUACUCUCCUUCAGUUUAAUACAGGUAUUCAUCAAGGUAAAACGUUACAGAAUCAGGCCCAGAAGUGACUGUAGGAAAAUGAAAACUAUUUCUUAAAAAAGGAUCUUUUUUUUUUUUUUCUACAAUGAUCUCAUGCUAUUCAAUAAACACAACCAUAUCACAGGUCAUUGGGAGAUUUCUCAAGCUUUAGCAAACAACAUGAAAUAAAAGACGAAUAGGAACUGGUCUACUGCAAGAAAUUAAUGCUAUGCUGUGAAUCCAUUCUAUAACUUGAGAUAAUCUGCAUUAUAUGGUACAAUUUAAAUUCUGUAAUUUAAAGCCAUGAUAUUUGUCAUUAUUAUGAUGUCUUUAGUAGAGUUGUAGGAAUUUAUUUUUUUUUUUCAGAUAUAGUUAUGUGACAGAAAAAGUAUGCUGACCUUGUUUACAGGUUUCAUUCAACUGAGGACUUUUAAAAAGGACUGCAUUGUAAACCAUUCUAAAACCUAAAAUGGGGAAGUAGAAAAAUGUGAUAACAGCAUGGAAUUUUAUUCUUGACUGUACCAAUAAAACCAUCCCUUUAAAGUGCA